UGAAAACGAGAGUUGCUCCGGUUGUUCUUCGCCGCAGUCGCUGUUCCGAGGCGGACCAUGGCUCCGUGGUGUUGGGCCGCCGUCACCGUCCUCACGCUGGUAGGCCUCGCGAGGGGUUAUGACUGGGGCGGUCGCUUUACGCAGCCAACAUGCCUCGACAUCCCGGACAACCUCACGCUCUGCAGAAACAUCGGCUACAGCAAAAUGCGGUUGCCCAAUCUCCUCGAUCAUGACAGCAUGGCGGAGGUGCAGCAGCAAGCCCGCUCGUGGGUUCAGCUGGCCAACCGGCGAUGCCAUCCCGACACACAGCUGUUCCUGUGCUCCUUAUUUUCUCCGGUGUGCCUAGACCGUCCCAUCUUUCCGUGCCGUAGCCUGUGCGAAGCCGUUCGACGCGGAUGCGAGGAGACGAUGCUGCGGUACGGCUAUCCUUGGCCCGAUAUGGUCCGCUGCGACAAGUUUCCCCAGGACAACGACAUGUGCAUCACUGUGCAGUCGACGGUCAAAGGAGAAACAGCUGCCUGUCGGGCGUGUCAUCAGCCGAACACGACAGAGAGCUUCGUAGACAAUUUCUGCAGAGCAGAUUUUGUGGUCAGGAUACGUGUGAAGCAACAGACACCGACAGUGCUACGAUGUAAAAAGGCGAAAGUACUCAAGCUCCGACCGGGGCUGUCACGGAAGGACCUGAGGCGUCCAGCCUUCCACAGUGCAAACCUGACGGAAUGUUGCGGAGAGCUCCGAGGGUCCCUCCUGGUGAUGGGGACGCGGGACGCGGAUGGUCACCUCGUCCCCACUUUCAUCGUCCCGUGGAGGCGUACCGUGGCCUUCCGCAAGAGCGUCCGCACAAUGCGUCGAGUUGACUGCACCAAUCCGCUUGCUCACUAGUCGCUGAGGCACAGCUCUUCCCUGGUUCUGUACCAGACUGUCCCGUAAGGUACUCGCAGCCAUUUGGGACGUACCAGUGUUGUCUACCAGCAGGUGUGUGUUGCGGUAUAUGUGGGUGGAACCCUAGCUGGACCCGGCAUAACGUACGUGCUGUAUUGUUGCGUCUUGGCAACAUUGCCAAGGGUGUGCCAUAUACCGAUCUGACUCAACCUUUUUUUUUUUACGGGAGAUUAUUGCGUCGUGCAAGCCGUUUUUGUCGGACGAGGUUUUGAGAGGAAAAGACAUUUUACUGUAAUUCGUUUGGUCUGAAAUUUUUAACCUUUUUGUGCACAAAAUUUAUCGGGGAUGAUAUUUAAAAUUAACCAAAGAACUAGCCCAUAGACAAUACAUUAAAACAUGCCGGGUGAUGCUUUGCAGGGUGACUUGCAUCAAUGUUUUUUUUCUUUUCUUUUUUAGGGUGUGGAGAUGUAGUUUUAUGGUGGACAAACGCAUAGCACAAGGACAGCACUUGAGGUUAUGGGUUAUGGGUACCACAGAUAGGAAAGUUAUUAUUCCUUUAUUUGUGCAUGUCUAAACAAACGCAAAAGCUAAAUACUCAUGGGUGUAACUGCAAGUACAGGAUCAUUUUAUCACCAUUACACCUUCUGAACAUGCAAUCCCUAAGUACCACUUACGUUUCCAGUGAGGUCACAGUAACUCUGUUUUUUUGUGUGUGUAUAUGUGUUUUUUUGUUUUCCAUGCCAGUUUAUUUUUGGAAAAAUGCAAUACGUAUGCACACAGAACCAGGGAGGAGCCGUUUUUGCCACUCCCUCUACAAGUGCCAAUGAAGCUUUUGCUGCAUUUUCAUAGGUCUUUCAAGAUUGCAAAUGCUGGUCAAGAUAGGGCAACCAGGCACAAGGUGUGUGCCAGGCAAACACACUUAUUCCUUUUUCAUAAAAAAAAAAAAAAGCAGCAAAGCAAACAAGCAAACUUUCUCUGAACAUACAACUUUGCUAUCAGAACAAAGGCGAUGUUCCUUUUGACAAGGCCAAACUGUUGUGCCACUAGUGUUUUGUGCCAACUUUUACUUGCUGCAAAUAUGCCAACCUAUUUGCUACAAUAUACGUGAACCGACCCUUGCAUAUAAAUAUAUACAGGUGUGUAUACAUGUAUGAUAGAAGCCUCGACUGUGCCAUUUUUUUUAUACUUGGGAAGGGGUGGGGAGAAGGAGGCUGUGACAUUUUUAGUGCUGCAACCUAUUUUGAACUUGUGCAUUUUGUGAAGUGUCUUUCUUUCCUUGCUUGUUGUAGAAGUUUGUGCCAAUUUUUAGUCAGUUAUACCUUGAUCGUGGCUGCAAUUUUCGUUAUAUUAGUUAGAUUUUUGUUUGUUUGUUUGUUUGAUGGCAAGUCAUGGAGUGUUGCACUAUCUCAGUUUUUAAAAAAAGGUUUACCAAGUUUGCCUGAUGCGUCUUGAUCAACGUUUCAUGUUCAAAAUUAGGUUGCCGAUUUUUGUCGUUUUUAAAUGUGUCGUAAAGUAUUAUUGCUUUUGUGGCAUGUUUUCAGUAUUUUUCUGCAGUAAUGCUUAAUGGGGGCCCAUCUGAAGUAGCCCUUGUUUACUGUGAUAAGCAUUAAUAAAUAAAAGCUCUAAUUUAUAAUGUC